AUGCAUCUCAGCAUCAUAUUUCUUCUUUGCGCCGUUGACUACGGCAUAAGCCGUAUUUCAGGGCCAAAUGUCAAAGCUGUUAACUUUGCCAAAAAGAUAAAGAGACAAAAGCUGAACGGAAGCCUGAUAAGAGAUAUAGAAGUGGAUUCGGAAAGUUCCUGUCAGUUUGAGUGUGUGUAUGAAGAGCGAUGUCAGUCUUACAACUUUGGAACCAUAAAGGGCGACUCAAACAAAUUCAAGUGUCAACUAAGCGACUCUGACCGAUUUGCUGGAUUUGCUAACUUUAUCGAGGAUAAAGAUUUCAUUUACAGGGGAAUAAAGGUAAGCUAAAUCUGUUUAGUGCAUCAACAAUGACUUCUGUUGUGGAUCAGAAUUAAAAUCUUGAUUAACUUUGAACUAUUUAAGCUUUCAUUUCUUCUUUUACCUCCUUAUCUGCUUAAGAAGAUCUGUAAAUAAUCGUGAUAGAAAUUUUCCGGCUGUUGACGUUAGGGGAAGGGGGCUCCACUCACGAAAACGGCUAGAUUUUUCGCGAAAAAUGUUUCGAUUUGUUUUAUAUAUAAAGCCUUCAUUCUUGCUUUUCUUUGAAGUAAAUCUUCCAUGUCAACUAGUCGCAUUUUGCUAUCCAACAAGAAAGGAUGUGUAUUCUGUUGCGCUUCGUAAUUAAAUUGUCGCAUAUUGUAGCAAGACUUGGUUUUCUUAGACGGAGCGUAAGGAGACCCACUCAUGGCUAUAACCAUCGUCAAUGAUGAUAAAAAGAUACUGAUAAAAGUAAUGAUUAUGACAUUGAUGAUAAAAAUAAAAACAACCAUUGAUUAUGAUAUCAUUAUCGUCAUCAUCAUCAUCAUCAUUAUCAUGGUGGUAAAUUCAUACCCGAGGUCUCUAUUUCCCUAAGAACGAGGCUUGUGUAUGGUCUCGUAGACUUUGUUUAUCUCCCAACCUAUCAAAGGUUUUCUGUUGCACGUAACAGGGUGCGCAAGCCGAAGGCCAUAUCUUGAAGAAAUUUGUGCAAAUCCUGUUCGCAACCAAAUGAGUUGCUAUCCUUCGAAUAUCCCUGCGCUAUUGAAAGAAAGAAACUCCUUUGACUUACAGAUGUUUAGGAAGUUACUCGACACAACUUUUUUCUCUAGAGCGCGUGUGAAGAAGACAGUUUCCGAUGUGGUGAUCACAGUACAUGCGUUCCCAACUAUCAAGAUGACAGCAUUCGAUGCCAGUGUAAGCAUGGCUUCACAGGAAAACCUUGCGGUAGGUAUAUUUCGCUUUGUUUAGGUAUAGAAAAAGCCUCAAUUGUCAUAUAAAGAAGUGAUUUCGAAUAGGUUCUUUAUUUCCUCGCAAAUUAAUAGAACCGAAAAGCUGCUCUCAAUUAUUUCAAGAUGGUGUCAAUUCCAGUGGCGUAUACACCAUCAAUCCAGAUGGCGGCAAACCAAUCCAAGUGUUAUGUGACAUGAUCACAGACGGUGGAGGCUGGACCGUUUUUCAGAAACGCUUGGACGGCUCUGUUGACUUCUAUCUUAAAUGGGAAUCCUACAAAAACGGCUUCGGAGAUCUGAGCGGAGAGUUCUGGCUUGGAAACGACAAUCUUCACCGUUUAACAGCCGCUGAUCAUGUCAUGUUGAGAGUUGACCUGGAAGACUUUGAAGGGAACAUCACAUAUGCUGAGUACACGGAUUUUGGUGUGGCAGACGAAGCUGAUAAGUACCGGCUUUUGAUUGGAGGAUACAAGGGCACCGCUGGUGACUCUAUGACGGUACAUAAGUAAGUAAGGAAUUCAGGUUGACUGAGACAGAAUCCAUUUCCAGCCGCGGGAAGCAUGUUUCGAAUAGGGAUGUAGCUUUAGAAAUUGAUUUCGAAGGGAACUAAUCAUGAACGGCUUAUCACAUCCAGUUUGAAUUUUGUAUGUAAAGAGAAACAUUUCCAGACAAAACAAAGGAAAACGUAUGGCUUUGAUGUUUAUUUUGGGAGUUUAAUGUUUUAUUGGUCUCCAUCUUCGUUUAAAUUUUUAAUCGUCACAAUCACAAUCAUAAAUGGGCAUAACUAAAAUUGUUCCGAAAAUAUCAAAGGACAAAUUUGUCAUGUAAAAUGUUUGCUUCGUCUGUUGCAUCCGCAUCAAAAAAAUUUGAAAGCCGUCCAAAAUUCCGUCAGUGCCUGAUGUGUUCAUAAGACUGGCCAGCCAAGUUUGCCAAAGGAUUAAACCUCCAAUUUCUAGGAUUCGUACAAGCCGUUUCAAAAAUUUCAAUCCCCGUGUUUUGGAACAAAAGAUAACUAUUGCCUUCAUACUAUACUGCUUUCAGUUCAAUUACAGGCUGAUCGUAGCUUUUACGACAAAUAAUCGACAAGUUUCUCACGGUUUUGUUUAUUAAGUCGAUUUUGUUCAGUUUUUACCCGGGACAAAUGUUGUCGGCGGUGCAUUUGAAGAUUUGCCCGCCUCGAUCAAAAUUUUUCAAGUCGCGACAAACAAUCUGCACUUGUAAAAUGUUGAUGUUGACAGGAAACAACUUAUUCGCUAGUGCGGAAAGGCCCUAACUUUAUAUACUCAAGAAAUUGAUAAACCAAAAGACUUUCGGGAGCCUCAAACAAACUACAUCAACAUACACCUCCAGUAAUAUGUGAGACUUCAGUAAGAUUGAGAUCUCAACAGUUUUUCAAGGUUCCGAUCUGAUAAGUCACGUGACUUGAUUACGUAAUCGGAUAACCCAGACUACCAAGAAUGUGCCGCCUUUGCUUUAACACCCGCAAACGGAUAAACGUUCAAAGCUUCUUGAAAAAGGACGAUAAACCGUAGGCCCCAUCUCCUGCAUCUUCUCUUUACUGGUCAGUAGGGGAUGUUAAAGAACCCACGUACUUUUCGCAAAGAGAAGGGAACGAAGCUCCCGGUAUUGGGUUAGGCCUGGCCUAGUUGUUAUUAGUUUGUAUAGGCUACCAUCCAAACCAGCUUUAAAACUGAACUUGAUCAGCCUGUAUAAAUAUCGUGAAUAAAUAAAUAAAUAAGUUACUAAUGCUUUUUAUGUGUCUAAACAAGGUGAAAACAAGCUUACAUGAAAUUUGAUUUCAUUUCAGCAAUAUGAGGUUUUCUACGAAUGAUCAAGACAAUGACGGAGGUAACGGCCACUGCUCCCAACUCUACAAGGGAGCCUGGUGGUACCAAAACUGCCAUAACUCCAAUCUGAAUGGAUUGUACCUCAAUGGCUCCCAUGAGUCUCGUGCUGAUGGGGUCAACUGGCUUUCUUUUAGGGGCUAUCAUUACUCACUAAAACGCACCGAGAUGAAAGUGAGAACCAAAGUAUAAGAAAAUGUCUAUUCCAGGAUAAUGCGUCGAUCAAAUCGAGGCUUCAACAACCCCCCCCCCC